GUUUGAUGGAUGUCCUCAAUGCAGAAGAGAAUAUAAAUAUAAAUGCCAAUGCGAAUAUAGCCCAAGUUGCUUCUAACAAUAACAACACACCAAAAAUUAAAAUCAAUGACGAUACAACUAAGAUACAUUAUGCUGCUACAGGAUUUGAAGAAGCUGCUUUACACUACCUUCCAGCCACCCAACUAUCAACAUUACCUCUGUCAACAAUUAAAAAAAAAUUAAGACAAACCAGGUCUGUUCAGAAAUAUGGAACCCAAUUUCACAAUAUCAUAGGGCAAAUCGAAAAUAUGAAUGAGAUCGAUAAGGCGCUAGCCACUUUAGAAAAAGCCUGGGUAUUGGCAAUUCGGUUCGAUACUGUGAUGUUUGAAACGGGAAAGCCCACCACCAACAAAACCCAACAAUAUUUCUAUAUACAAAAAACAAUAAGAGGGAAUGGUGGACCUAUACUGAUAGAGUUAGAUUAUACUAGAGGAUCUAAUCAAAAAUAUAAAAAAAAUGGUCAAAAAGGAAACUGUUUGAAGUGUAGCCAGUUAGGCCACUAUGCAAAAAACUGCAAAAACAAAAAUAAAACAAAACUUACCAACAUUGAAGAAGAGCCUAACCAACUAUCACAAGCUAUCACAAAUAAUAGUUUGGAAUUAAUGCAAGUAGAGGAAAACCAGGAACAGCUAUUAAGGUUUAACAGUAAAAUCAAUAGUUACGAUGUGUGGAUUCUCUUGGAUGGUGAAGCUUCACGAAAUUUUAUUGACGAAAGUUUUGUUAGUAGAAAUAAAUUCAUUACAAUAACUUCUUCCUUCUUGUUAGUUGAAUUAGCAGAUGGAAGAAAGACCACAACAAAUAAAACAAUCGACAUUACAAA